AAACAUUUUACAAAUAACUAACAAUCUUAGAUUACUUUAUGUGCUUAUAUUCUAAGCAAAUUAACGACACUAGCAUUGACUGUUGAUAUUAAGAAUAUGAAUAACGUACAUAUGUUUUAAGUGGAAGACAUUUGUGUAUUAAAAAUUGCAUAGUCGCAUUAAAGGACACAAACCGUCGUCGACUUCAAAAAUAUAAAUUGCUACAACAAUAACCAACAAGUCUUGUGGUGAAAAAUGGAUUAAAUGAUUCAGACUAUUAAGAAAUCAUGUCUGAAUCAGAAACAGAACUUGUGACUGAAUUUACAAGUUUAUUGGAGAACUGGAAUUCAGAAAGAUCCUCGUGGAUUGGAGAAACCUUAAUUCGGAAAUUGACAAGAUUGGCAGAGAUAAUAGAAACAGAAACAGAAGCCUAUUAUAAACUUGAUUUAGAUCCAUUUGAUGACCGGCAUCCAGAUCGAGCAGACCCCAAUUCAGGAUUAGGAAAAUGUCUGAAACUAUUGUCUAAAAAUGACCAAUUUUUGAAUGAAAUGGUUAGUCAGUAUUUGAUGAGAAGUAGAGAAGAUGUACAACGUCAGACAGUGUCAUGUAGACUAUUAUUAGAUGUCAUGCCUGGUGUAGAAGCCUCCAUACUAUUCCAGGAGACUGAAGGACUUACUACAAAAUUAUUUGAAUGGGCAGAGAAAUCACCAGAACCACUUCGUACCUAUGCCACUGGACUACUUGCAGUGGCUAUAAAAUUGCCAGAAAUUGCAGCUGAUUUUAGAGAAAAGAAUGCUCAUCUUGUGCCUAUUAUGUUGGGAAGACUUCAUUCACUGAAAGAGAGUCAACAUGGAAACAAAAUGAAGCGACAUUUUUCGGAAAUUAACCUUGAUAAAUCAACAUCAGCCCAGCAAAGUUACUCCAGAGACUGCAAAAAAGUCUCUGAAAAAUCUUCUCUCUCCAGCUUUGAAUCAAUUAGCAACUUGAAUGUUAGUCCUUAUAAAUCUUCCAGUGAAGAUUCGCCUAACACAUUGUCACCAAAUAGGUCAUCAAUAAAACGCAGACUGUCUCCAAGGAGUGAUGAUUUUCUUGGUAACAAAAGAACAAGAUAUGACAGUUCUGGAAAUCACUUUCCCGAAUAUAGUAACAGCAGUUGGUCUGAUAUGGAGCACUAUAUUAUAGGAUCUUACUCCAUGUCACCAUUGAGUGUUACAAUGAAACAGAGAAUUAUAUUACAAUACUUAAUACCAAUGGGUGAAUAUCAGGAACUGAUGGGACAUGCAUUUGAAUACAAUGCAAUGAACUUGAUAUUUUUCUAUAUUGAUUUGAAAGAAAACAGUGAUGUAAGGUUAGCUUUUGAGGCAUUGAAGUAUUUGGCUACCUUACUUUGUCAUAAAAAAUUUGCUAUUGAAUUUCUCCAGAAUCAUGGUAUUGAAAAGCUAAUUGAAGUAAAUCGACCAUCUAUAGCAGCCUCUGGUGUCUCAUUAUGUUUAUAUUUCAUGUCUUACUUUGAAGAUGCUUUAGAACGUGUUUGUUUACGUCCAGAACAUAUUCUCAGAAAUCUAGUGGAAUAUGCUCUUUGGCUUUUGGAGUGUUCACACGAUUCUAGUCGAAUUCAUGCUGCAAUGUUUUUAAGUCAGACUUUUCCAUUCAAAGUUAUGUUAGAUAUAUUUGACCAACAGAAUGGUUUGAGAAGAUUAUUAAAUGCCAUCAGCACUUUACAACUUUUGAACAUUGAAGCUAAUUUUGAGAACACAUCUGAAGAUUACAUUUAUACCAUGAGACAAACUGCUCGUCAUGUUUGUGGUGCUAUGAAGAGGUAUUUUGAAUCCCACAUGGUAAUGAAAGCUGAAGAAAUCAAAAGAUCACAUGAGAGGAGUGAUGACCCUACACCUGCAGCUGAGACUGCUGCUUUUAAGGCUGUUAAAAUUUCAGAAGAAUCUUUUGAAGAAAAUGUGGAAAUACUUGGCAUGUUUUUCCCUAUUAGGUCCCACUGGACACCUGUCAUCACUUUCCAGAAGCUGGGUGGAAUUCAUUUGCUUUUACAAUUAGCAGCAAUGGCUCCGGAAUGGAAUUCUUAUCCUGGAAAACCUGAAACAGUGAAAGCAGCUCUUGAUGUAUUGGCAGUGUGUACUGUUACACCUAAGGCUCAGUCAGUUCUAUUGGAGUCCAUACCUCUACCUAAUGAGAAUUCAUCUCCUGGAAUCAGUAUUGUAAUCAGCAUGGCUGAAGGGGAAACGCUUCUUGUUGCUCCAGAAGUUCAAAGAUCUGCUCUCAUUAUUUUAAGCAACUGUGUUUGUGGUCCAAUAGAAAGGUUCACCGGUGGUGUUGGAAGAUUUAUGGGCUCAGGAUCGAAAAAGAAAUUAAACUCAAAGGCAGGCGAAGAUAUGUUAUCUAAGAUGUGGACAGCUGUGCGUACAAAUAAUGGUGUUAUGGCUUUAUUAAAACUUUUAUCUGUGAAAACUCCUAUUACUGAUGCUGAUGCUAUAAGAGCUUUAGCAUGUAAGACUCUUGUUGGAUUAGCACGUUCUGAGACUUUGCGUCAAAUUAUCAGUAAACUUCCGAUGUUUAAUAAUGGUCAACUUCAGAUGUUAAUGAAAGAACCAAUUCUUCAGGACAAACGUCCCGAACAUAUUAAAUUUUGUAAAUAUGCAAGUGAAUUGUUGGAGAGAGUGUCGGGUAAACAAUCAAAAUGUAUAAGUGCUUCUUUGGAGGAAAUUCGUCGAUCAGACAUUGUUUCUCAGACUAAAAUAAUAUUCCAGGAAAAGGAACUCUUACAACUAAUAUGUGGACAUUUGGUCUCUAAGGGUUAUACUGAAUCUGCUAAUGCCUUAUGCAAAGAAGCAAAAUUACCUGCACUUAAUCCGUCUCCUGUACUACAUAUAUCAACACCUAGCCUUUUCUCUCCUUCAACAUCCAGAUUACCAGUAACUCGUCAACAUAGUGCUUCUUCCAGUGUAUCAGCUCCAUCACUAUCUGGUCAACCAAGUCCAACUAACUCAUCUCAGUCUCUUUGUUCAACUUCAGGUCAUAUAAAAUUCACACUGGGACGUCAUUUACAAACUAGCGAAUUAAAUACACCUAAAACACCUCAUGUUCAGUCAAAGGUUAAGACUUUAAUAAGAGAAAAGGAAAACCCGCCAACAACAUCAACUUCUCCUUGUGUUCGAAUGCCAGGAAAAUCUUUUAAUGACUUUGAUAUGUCAUUGGACAAAAUAGUGACUGAAUAUUUGAGAAAACAGCAUGCUUUGUGUCCUAAUCCUGUUGUGACAUGUCCACCUAUGUCAUUAUUUAGUCCACAUCAAUGUCCAGAACCAAGAGGUCGAACUACAGCUCCAGCAAAUUUCACAAUGAGAUUGUUAAAUAGACCAAUAUUCCCAAAACAUGGUGGGCUAAGGGGUUCAAGGUUUGACAGAAAAUUCAUUUACAGUAGAUUUCGACCUGUCAAAACAUAUAAAGACAAUGAUGAUGAUGGGUUUGCUUGUUGUGCUUUAACACCAUGUGAACGAUAUUUAUUAUUAGGAACUUUCUCAGGUGAAAUCAAAAUGUCUAACAUUUACACUGAAGAAAUGGGUAUCUAUAACUGCCAUUCUUCUCCAGUCAUACACAUGGAUCCGGCUCGUGAUGGUAAAUUAUUACUAACAUCAACCUGGGGUACAAUGCAAGAUUCUUCUUUAUGGACAUGGACUGAUGAUACGCUUGAAAAUAAGUUUACAUUUGACGACACCUAUGCUGAAUUCAGUAAAAUGACUCAAGAUAAAAUAAUUGGUACCAAAGAUGAAACAGCUCAUGUUUACGAUACAGCAACUGGCCAAAUUAUAGCUACUCUUUAUGACCCUAAUAAGGUUAACAAUUAUAAAUCAAACAUCGCAACAUUUAGCCCGUUGGAUGACCUCAUUCUAAAUGAUGGUGUCUUGUGGGAUGUAAGGGUCAGUAAAGCCAUACAUAAAUUUGAUAAAUUUAACCCAAGUAUAAGUGGCGUGUUUCAUCCAUCUGGUCUAGAAAUUAUCAUAAACUCUGAAGUUUGGGAUGCAAGAACUUUUCACUUACUGAAUACUGUACCUACUCUAGACCAGUGUCAAAUUCAGUUUAAUUAUUCAGGAGAUGUUAUUUAUGCCACACAUUUUGAUGAAGAUCCUAAUCCUGAAGUUCAACCUUGCAGUCCAUAUAGUUCCACUCUUCGAACUUUUGAUUCUUCAGAUUACACUAGUAUUGGUACAAAAGACUUAAAAACUAAAAGCAUUUUUGAUUUGUCAACAGAUAAAUCAGAUUGCCUUUUAGCAGUAGUUGAAAAUCAAAAAUUUUUAGAAACCAGUGCUGAAGAGAGUAUUUGCCGUUUGUAUGAGGUUGGUAAAAGAAGAGAUGAUGAAGAAGAUCAAAUGGAAGAUGAAGAAGUUAAAGUUAAUGAUGAUGAUGAAGAUGAUGAUGAUGACGAUGAUGAUGAUGAUGAGGGGGAUUUCAACAUUGGAUCAGAUGAUGAUCUUGGAGAUUUGGAAUUUGACUUAGAAGAUGAAGAUGAUGUAGAGUAUGAAAAUGAUGAAGAAGAAGAUGAUGAUGAUGAUAAUGGUGAUGAAGAUCUUGAUUUCAAUUUACAUAAUGCUAGUAGUGAUGCAGAUGAUGAUGAUGCU